AUGCAUCCUACUACAACCCCUCCUCCAUCUACGAUAAACGAUCUCUUGCUCAUCUCUCAGUUGUCCAUCUCCUCCCAUCUUGUCUCAUCUCAUGCAUCGCUAUUACAACAGAAACUCGCUGCUGCUCAACGUUCACAACACUUAGCCGGUCUGAGGCUCCAGCUACGAACCACUUUGGCAGAAGGCAAACGACGACGCAAAACUACCAGCAUGAUGGACGAAAUCGAGUUGCAGCUCUGUCUGAGCAUAGAUCCGACGCCAGCUCGGGAUCCUACUGCAACGGACGAGAACCAGAAACCGAAACAGACCACGCCACUCGUUAAACACAAGCCGCAGCUCCAGAUCCUAGGCGCAAAGAGGCCAGCGGACAGUCUAGAGUAUGAUGGCGAUGUUGACAAAGAAGCGCAGACGAGCGCUCUGCACCUAGCCCAUUCCCUCAACCCGGCAUACAAAGAUGAAGACCGCGUUGAGAGAAAAGACAAGAUAGACCAUGACGCAGAUCUAAAUCCAGACCUUGCACGCCCAGGACCCUUCCACCUCCCACCGCGCAAGAAAGUCCGGACUUCGUUCUCAUUCACUACUCCGGAGUCAACCUCACCAUGCCAGGCCAUGGCCGGAGACGAUCCAGAUCCAGACCCAAGCCCAAGCCCAAACACAAUCCACAACACCACGCCAGCCAGCGAGUCCUUCAGCUCGCAGCCGUACUUCGCCCAUCCUGCUUCAAUGCCGCAGCCGCAAGCCUCAUCUCCAUUCCCGCAGUUCUCUGAAAGACCGGGACCGGAGGCGGGGGCAGGUGCAUACAUGCCCGCAUUGCUAGAUAGUUUGUUGACUGAAGUCCAUCCGCAUUCGGAGCUGGGAUCUGGAACGCGGCAAUCACAUUACUUUGAGAUCUACGAGGAUCCAGACGACAUGGAUAUUGAUGGCGUGGGGUACUUCGAUCUCGAUGCCGUGGUGUGUAUGUCGCCGGACGAGGAUAAGGAGAAUGAGAAUACUCAAGAGCGGGGGAGCCAGGGGAGCCAGGGUCAGAACCAGAACCAGAACCAGAACCAGAACCAGAGCCAGAAUCAGAAUCAGAAUCAGAAUCAGAACCGGGAAAGUCAUACGCGUCAGGAGCAGCAGGGUCAGAGGUAG